UACUCGUCGUUAACCUCGGCUGCAUUUGGAGUGAAUUAAAGAGACUAAAAGUCUUAAAACGAGUUCAACUGGACUUUCUCGCAGAUACUGGAGAAGUUUAAACUCAGUAUUAACUACCGUUAGCUUAGCAUGCGGAAGUUAGCUUGUUCGUUCGAAAUGGAGGGAUUCUGAAAUCGACCACAGCGCUGAAUGGAGGGGAGGACUUUUGUCUGAGUGGCUAUCUGAAGGAAACAGGCGUUUUAUUUUUGUUAUAUCUGAUUCUUUAUCUUCAUUGAAAUGUCUAACGUCCAGUUCCUGAGAGCUUUUGUGAACCAGAGGCUAACACUGGCGGCUGAAGAGAUUUUUGGGCUGUUUGAAAGGACGAUAGCAGAGUACGAGGAGAAACUCCAACGAUCUGAAGAGAACCAACAGAAACUUCUGGACUCUUUCUACAACCCUAAAGUCCUUUUACACAGAGCAGAAGUCCAGGAGCCAGUGGUGCAACAAGAAGAGGCUCCUCAUGAGCAGCAAGAGAGGAGCUCUGGUUUGAACCAGGAGAGUCAAACGGAGGUUUCCAUCAUCAAAAUCGAAGAAGAUGAACUUUGGGUGCAGCCUCAAGGACUGAUGGAGGGGUCCAUAUUCAUGCCUGCUGCUGUAAAGAUUGAAGAAGAAGAGAAACUUCAGUCCUCACAGCUUCAUGAGAACCCAGCAGAAGAGGACAGAGACACUUUCCAGCCACAAGAAUCCGAUUCUGAUGACAGUGCUUGUGAUGGGGAGAUCAGUGAAUCUCAGUCUGGUAGUGAGGAAUCAGCCAGUGAUACAGGGAGUGACACUGGAAAUACUUCCGCCAGCUCCUCUGAAGAGGCCACAGACCAAGAGAGACAUCUGCUGUAUUACUGUGGGCAAGAUAAAGGAUCAGAACCAGUCGACUGUUCACUUUGCAAGCAUCGCAGGACAUCCAACUUAAAGCAGAGACCUUUUAAGUGCUCCAUCUGUAAUCAGACAUUUAAUCAGAUGGCCGCUUUGACCAGGCACGCAAGAGUUCAUACCAGCGAGACAUCUUUCAGCUGUGCAUUUUGUGGUCUGAAAUUUGCCCUUCAAAGAACUUUACAACAACAUAUCGCGAUCCACACGGGAGAAAAACCACAUAGUUGUUCAGUUUGCGGUCUAAAAUUUGCCCUUCAUGGAGCACUCAAACGACACAUGCUUGUCCACCAGGGGGAGAAACCAUUUAGCUGCUCAGUUUGUGGCAACAAGUUUACACUAAUAGGUAGUCUGAAGCGACACAUGGCUACUGCACACUUGGAUGAGAAACUAUUUAUGUGUCAAAUCUGUGGCAACACAUUCACACAAAGCUGGAGGCUGAAACGGCACAUGGUUGUCCACAAAGAUGAGAAACCGUAUAGUUGCUCCAUGUGUGAUAAAAGUUUUGCAGAAUCCCACAGUCUGAGAAUGCACAUGGCUGUUCACAGACAGUAGCUCUCCUGUGUUUACCACACGUAGAUGAUGGACAGAUUAUUCCCAGCUGCCCAAGUAUAUCUGCCAACCUUUUAUUUUUUCAUCUGUGUUUAACAAGAGAGACAUCUACUGGUAUGUACCUCAGUGGGUGAAGUAGUUUGAUUUUUAUUUCAGCAUGCAUGUUAACAAGUAAGGACUUAAAGACUGUGUCUCACAUGCCAGGAGCCUAGAUGAUACAAGUGUCACCUUUUUUCACCACGAGUCGUGUGCCAGUGCAAUAUUAAUCAACAAAACUAUGAUGGCAAAUGUUGUCAACAGCAUUUUCUCCAUGAGGAAGAGGAGACUAAGACCGACUAAAACCAGAUUUUGGUAAUUAAAAAAGUAAAAAGUAAGCAAAAAGUAAGUUGCAUGAUAAUUACAAAACUUCAAAUUAAGUUGGUAUAACAUCAAUAACUGAUUAACCAGGCUGACGUGUGCUGUAAGGCUUUGCCUCAGUACUUAAAAUCGGGUCCAAAUAAAUGUCAGGAAACCUGAUUUGUGGCCACACCGUCCAGGACACAGUGCGGAUCUCUGAUGAGUCUAAAUAUCCCCAAUUUAAGAUGGAUAUUGGUUUUUUUACCUCGCAUUUUCACACUCCUCAUAGAGCAGACAGCUGUGUUUUGCAGCCCGACUGAACGGUUGUGUUGCACACUGAAACCCUCUAUUGUGUGUGUCGCUCCACCCUUCUGGGUUGGAUUGGUAAGCUUGGUACUCCAAUGGAAGGGUGCCAAAAAAAAAAAAAACAUAGGAUGUACGAGUCAGUUAUUUGGUAAACUUUCCAACUUUUGAAAAUGGAAACGCGUACUGUGCUGUACCAAACUGAACCGUACCUCUCAGUGGAAACAAACUAUUAUUCACAGGGAAGAUAAACACAGAUCAGAUAGACUUCUACUCUUGCCUGGACCUGACACAUCCUACAGCACUAGAGAUGAUAUGCACCAUAGCUGUCAAUAAACACACAGUCUGAUGCUUAUUUGGUUCAAAGUGACGCUUGUGACUCUAAAAUAAGUCAGAAUAAAGCACCAUCCAUAUAGAUUAAUGUCUGGUGUUAAGACAGAAAUGGUUCACCAUCCAGGGACAGAUUGUUCAUUUAUAGCAAAUACUGAUGUGUGUUUGUGUUUCAAGGUUCACUCAGGCCAAAUUAUGUUUGUUGGAACUCAGGGAUGAGGAUAAGAAUGUCAUUAUCACCCUGUCUCUUUGCUUCUUCAGUUCAUUUUCAAAUGUGUUAAUGUCCAUCUGUUUAAGUUGACGUGUUCAGUAGUUUAGUAUCAAUACAAAUAUUGUAUUAUUUCAUCCUGAAAACACUGGAGUUAUCCAGACUGGAUGAAGGGAGUUCAGUGUUUGUUUUGGAUUGAAUUAUUUUUGUACAUUUUAGAAGGAAAUAUGUUUUUUUUUUCUGUUUCAGAUCUUGUAAUGAAGACACGGAUAAACCUCACGUCUGUGAAGGUAACCUUUAUUGGAAGGGUGUCUGAAACUUUACUGGAAUUAAAAAAGGCUCCACUCAUGCAAGAGAAAAGCUGAUUAACCAAAAUUCUACUAGAGAUGUUUAUGUUGUUUUUAGUACUAAUGAAGGAGAGAGAUUGGAAAUGAAAAUGUGACUUUAGGUGUCACUGAUUAAGCACUGGAGUUUCUAGUUCUCUUACAAGCAACCAUAAAUGUGACAAAUGGAGUUUUUGCAUUUGUAAAAAAAAUUGCAUUUCAAAUGUUUCAGUAGAUUUAUUAUCUUGUAAUA